AUGAAGCGCCCCAAUCCCGCCCCGAAACAAGCGUCGCAUAAGGGUCACAAACCCAAACGUCAAAAACUCGACGACUUCCCGAAACCUCUUCCGCCGUCCACAAGACCCAAGCGCCGAGUCCAACUCAACGAGCUAGGAUGGAAGACCGUGGAGAUGCCUGAUCGGCUGGAAGAUACCGAGGGUUUCUAUGGACUUGAAGAAAUUGACGAUGUUGAGGUGGUUAAAGAUCCCGUUACUGGCAAUCUCACGUUCGAGACUACGAAGACAGAAGAUGAGGUUGCACAGGAUGUGGAGGAAGCGUGGCAACGGGAGGAGGACGAACAAAAGCGCUUGGAGCAGAUUACCUUUGACGAGGAGCAGGUGGUUGGACAAGACGAGAGCAUAGGAAAGAAAUUGCAGGAAGCAGACGAGGAGGUUGCGUGGGAGGGCUUCAGCGACGAGGAAGAUGCGCCGGCGGGAAUUCUAAAGCAGACAACAGAUGCAGAUGCUAAGAAAGCAGCUGGCUCAGCUACGACCAAUGGCGAGCCGGAGGUGAAGAAAUUGACAAAGACGGAAAAGAAGAAGAGGGCCAAGGAAGCGAAGCUGAAGAGGGAAGAAGAGGAGAAGGCCAAGGCGGAGCUACCAGCGCCAGAUGAGGUCGAAGAAGAGGAAGAUCAACACAAAGACGAGGACGAAGAACCCUCCGAUAUCGAAGAUCGCGAAGACGGCGAGACCUUCGGACCUGGCGCUUGGGAUAUAUUGGCGAACCACGCCGAUGACGACGAUGAUGAGACAGAUGUGCGAGCGUGGGCUAAACUCGACCUCUCCGAAGAGAUGCUGGGUGCGUUGGCGAAGCUGAAAUUCUCGAAACCUACCAGUAUCCAAGCGUCUACUAUACCUGAAAUCAUGUCUGGGCGGGAUGUUAUCGGCAAGGCUUCAACAGGUUCAGGAAAGACACUCGCUUUUGGUAUUCCGAUUGUCGAGACGUAUCUUGCUGCUCGGUCGACACCCAAAGAUCUCGAAGACAAGGCGCCCAUCGCAUUGAUCAUUGCGCCAACGCGUGAACUUGCGCAUCAGAUCAAUGACCAUUUGAUCGCCCUUUGCGCAAAGGGCGAUUUCGACUCUCCAUACAUCGCAUCAAUCACUGGUGGUCUGUCCGUACAAAAGCAACGCAGGCAACUAGAGAAGGCUGAUAUCGUUGUCGGAACACCAGGACGAUUGUGGGAGGUCAUGAGCAGCGGUUCAGGAGUGCUACCCAAGUUCAAGCAGAUCAAGUUCUUGGUUGUAGAUGAGGCUGAUCGUCUGUUGAGCCAAGGACAUUUCAAAGAAAUGGGAGAGAUCCUCAAAGUCCUAGAGCCCGAUGAUGAGCCUAAUGAGAAUGACGACCCAGAGGAGGCGCCAGAAUCGCAACGACAGACUCUCGUGUUUUCUGCGACAUUCGGAAAGGAACUGCAGCACAAGCUCGCUGGGAAGCAGAAGUAUGGAGGUGGGGAUCUCAUGAACCAACAACAGUCGAUGGAGUACCUGCUCAAGAAACUUCAGUUCCGUGAGGAGAAGCCAAUGUUCAUCGACGCCAACCCGACUUCGCAGAUGGCCAGCAGAUUGCAAGAAGGACUCAUUGAAUGUGCCGGACCUGAGAAGGAUCUCUAUCUCUACUCGCUACUAAUGUUCUACACCAAGAAGCGCGCUCUCGUCUUUACCAACUCCAUCUCGGCAGUGCGCCGCAUAACCCCGUUCCUGACGAAUUUGGCCCUUCCAGCUCUACCCUUACACUCCAACAUGCCCCAGAAAGCCCGCUUACGCUCUAUCGAACGAUUCAAGGAGCGACCAGGAUCAAUUCUAGUAGCUACAGACGUCGCCGCCAGAGGUCUCGACAUACCCAAGAUAGACCUAGUCAUCCACUACCACCUCCCCCGCGCCGCCGACACCUACGUCCACCGCUCCGGCCGUACAGCACGUGCUGACGCAUCCGGAGCCAGCAUCCUCAUCUGCGCCCCCGAAGAAGUCGGCGGCGUACGGCGCCUCGUCGCCAAAGUUCACGCCCGCGCGAGCGACGCCCCUAAAUCAAAGAAAACCGCCUUCUUCAUCCGCACCCUAGACAUCGACCGUCGUAUCGUCUCCCGCCUGAAGCCACGUGCCACCAUCUCCAAACGCCUCGCCGACACCGUCAUCGCGAAGGAAAAGAAACACAGCGAAGACGAUGUACUGCGUCGAGCAGCUGAGGAUCUAGGCGUAGACUACGACAGCGAUGAGUUUGAGAAGGAAGCACCGGGGAAGCGGGGUCGUGGUAGUGGACGUAAGAAGAAGGAGAAGGAGGCGAGUGAGAUGACGAAGGGCGAGAUGCAGGCGCUACGGGCGGAACUCAAGCACUUGCUCAGUCAGAGGAUUAAUACGGGGGUUAGUGCGAGGUAUCUUACUAGUGGCGGCAUUGAUGUUGAUGCGCUUAUGGCUGGGGAGGGGAAUAUGGAGUUUUUGGUCUCAGUCAUCUUCAUGCUCCUUAUGGAGGGUAUCGCCGAGCUCCAAAUGAAAGAGGUGGUAGAGAGGUCCGAGAAGUUCAUCGACGGGAUGAGGGAAGUGGCCCAGAUUUCGCUCGCCACAGCACAGAUUUGUGAGAAAGCGGCGCAAAAGUCCGGGGAAGCGUUUAACGAGACAAAGGCGUAUAGGACGACAGAUUUCCGCAUGUUUCACCAACAAGCAAAUGAGAUGCGUCUAGGAUACUACCAAGCAUACUCAGAUCAUUACGAGACUCUCGUCCAUCACGUUGAGCUCAUUGCCAAGAAGGUGAAAACCAUGGCUGCGCCACCUAAAGUCAAGGGCGCAAGAAGGAAUGGUAACAAUCGCAACAAGAAUGAUAACAAUACUCUUGCGGAACCUCUGGAGAACUUUGCUGUAGCGCUCAAACAGCGGCAGUCCAUGACCAGACUACAAAUUGCAGUAGUGGAGAAGAUCAAGGACAUACUCGAUCGCGAGGACUUGUUACCGGAAGAGAUUGAUCGACUACUAAAUGAGGCGGAAGCGGAUCUUGAGCGUGCGCAGCAAGCGUCUAAUGCUCAGACUCGAUCACCGGGUUGCGGCACCUUCAACUCUAUCGCAUCUCCACCACCGGUCGCUGAGAGUAUGGAUAGCAAGCUGGAGAAGCAUUACGAGGACUUGGAUAGGUGGUUGCAGAGUGUGCGGGAUCGGCCUGUUGUCCUAGAGGAGAAUUGA